CGAGAGAACACACACACACAGUGUCACACACACACACACAGAGAGAGAGAGAGGGAGCAAUGGCGUCUAUGACUGCUAUUGGUGUUUUGAAAGUGCCAUCUUCGUCGAAUGUGGGAAGGAAAGCCAUCCCAUGCAACCUCUCAUUCUCGGCAUCACAGCUUUCUGGUGACAAGAUUGCCACAGUUUCAGUUUCUGCAGCUGCAGGAAGAAGAAGCUGCACCCGCAAUCCGGUGAUUGUUACUCCGAUGGCCGUUUCUGAUUCCCAGAACUCCCAGACUUGUCUUGAUCCAGACGCUAGCAGAAGUGUGCUUGGCAUUAUACUUGGAGGUGGUGCUGGGACUCGUCUUUAUCCACUGACCAAGAAGCGGGCAAAACCUGCUGUUCCUCUUGGAGCUAACUAUAGGCUAAUUGAUAUUCCUGUAAGCAACUGCCUCAAUAGCAACGUAUCCAAGAUCUAUGUUCUUACGCAAUUCAAUUCCGCAUCUCUGAACCGGCACCUUUCCCGUGCUUAUGCAAGCAACAUGGGUGGCUACAAAAAUGAGGGUUUUGUUGAGGUUCUUGCUGCCCAGCAGAGUCCUGAGAAUCCUAAUUGGUUCCAGGGUACUGCAGAUGCUGUGAGGCAAUAUUUAUGGCUUUUUGAAGAGCACAAUGUUUUGGAGUUCUUAGUUCUGGCCGGUGACCAUUUGUAUCGAAUGGACUAUGAAAAAUUUAUCCAAGCACAUAGGGAAACUGAUGCUGAUAUCACCGUGGCUGCAUUGCCAAUGGAUGAAAAGCGUGCCACUGCAUUUGGUCUAAUGAAGAUUGAUGAAGAGGGACGUAUAAUCGAAUUCGCAGAAAAACCAAAAGGAGAACAGUUGAAAGCUAUGAAGGUUGAUACUACUAUUUUGGGCCUUGAUGAUGAGAGAGCAAAGGAAAUGCCUUUUAUUGCUAGCAUGGGUAUAUAUGUUGUCAGCAAAAAUGUGAUGUUAGACCUGCUGCGUGAGAAGUUUCCAGGUGCAAAUGACUUUGGGAGUGAAGUAAUUCCUGGCGCAACUUCAAUUGGAAUGAGAGUGCAAGCUUACUUGUACGAUGGUUACUGGGAAGACAUUGGUACAAUUGAGGCUUUCUAUAAUGCAAAUCUGGGAAUCACCAAAAAGCCCGUGCCUGACUUUAGUUUCUAUGAUCGUUCAUCUCCAAUCUACACCCAACCACGAUAUUUGCCUCCAUCUAAGAUGCUUGACGCUGAUGUCACCGAUAGUGUUAUUGGUGAAGGAUGUGUAAUUAAGAACUGCAAAAUUCACCAUUCUGUGGUUGGGCUGAGAUCUUGCAUAUCAGAAGGUGCAAUUAUUGAAGACACCUUGUUAAUGGGGGCAGAUUAUUAUGAGACGGAAGCUGAUAAGAGGUUUCUGGCUGCUAAAGGCAGUGUUCCGAUUGGUAUUGGCAGGAACUCUCAUAUCAAAAGGGCAAUUAUUGACAAGAAUGCUAGAAUUGGGGAAAAUGUGAAGAUCAUUAACACUGACAAUGUCCAAGAAGCUGCAAGAGAAACAGAUGGGUAUUUCAUUAAAAGUGGGAUUGUCACAGUAAUCAAGGAUGCAUUAAUUCCUAGUGGAACUGUCAUCUAAAACCCCCACUUUUAUUUCCUUAAUGGUGACUGUGGAGCUCAUUUUCACCGCUGGAGGGUUCGAGUAGUGUUCUGCUUCCACGUCAAAGAUAGGUUUUCUGCUGCUUUAUAUAUAUUUUUGGCUAGUGGCUUGUAAAUAAUAGGGGAAGAGAGGACUUUCUUUGAGUAGUCACGCUGUAAAGUUCAUUAAUCAACUAAAUAAAAGUUUUUUUAUUCUGCA